ACAAUCAGCUGAUUUUGUGAUGGUUAAAGUUAAUCAGAAGCGAAAAAGUUUAUGAUAAAAUAGUUUAUAUUUUCAUCAACCGAUAAGUUAGAAAAUACGCCUCCAAAAUGUUGGUUCUUGUUCUCGGUGAUCUUCAUAUCCCACAUCGGUGUGCCAGUUUACCGGCGAAAUUCAAAAAGUUAUUAGUACCAGGACGUAUUCACCACAUACUUUGCACAGGCAAUCUUUGCACAAAGGAAACGUACGAUUACCUCAAGACAUUGGCUAAUGACGUACACAUCGUUCGCGGAGAAUUUGAUGAAAAUUUGAGUUACCCCGAGCAGAAGGUAGUUACAGUUGGGCAGUUUCGAAUUGGACUGUCACAUGGACAUCAGGUUGUGCCCCGUGGCGAUCCAGAAGCUCUAGCAUUGAUUCAGCGCCAAUUAGAUGUAGAUAUAUUAAUAUCGGGUCAUACAUAUAAAUUUGAAGCUUAUGAACAUGGAAAUAAAUUCUAUAUCAACCCCGGAUCUGCUACUGGUGCUUUUAACCCUCUAGACGUAAAUGUAAUACCAUCUUUUGUACUUAUGGAUAUUCAAAGUACAACUGUUGUGACAUAUGUAUACCAACUUAUUGGCGAAGAAGUGAAAGUCGAGCGUAUUGAAUACAAAAAAAUCUAAUGCGGCUAAUAUUGGGUUGCCCCAUAGCGAACACUCAGAUGUGUGAAAUACGGCCAAUAUUCACAUCAGUAUACUUCUUAUUUGUAAAUGUAUGUACACUUGUACAUUUAUAAAUUAUAUUAAUGUUAUGAAAAUAAAUAUUCCUAUAAAAUGUAUGUAUGUAUGUAUACCGUUGUAUUCAUACAGUUUAAGGUUUAUUCGCUAAUACAAAAUUUAUCAAAUUAUUUUUAAAAAUUGCAACAAUGUUGAAUAAAAAUUAAGAUAGCUUUAACCUUUAUACUGAAACAUUCACUGCUUUGCAAUAACAACAACAAACUUAUAGGAUUAUUCAAUAAAUAAUAAAAAUAUGUUUGCUCUGUUUUACCAAAAAUUUA